GUUGAAUAUAUGAGACUGGAUCAAGAUAGGUCCAGUUUAGGGCGGAGGUGAUCCACUUAAAUGGUACGUGAUCCGGUUUUGGGCGGUCUACGGUACCCAGUUGUUACUUGCAGGCAGGCAAGCAGGUGCCAGGGAGCUAGCUGUUGACGCGGCCUUUUUUCGCUGGGCAAGUUUUGAUGGUGGGCUUUCCUCUCCCCUUGUGUUUUGGCCCGCCUGCUUGAGGGCCAUCAUGUUUCUCGAUGUGCCCGCUCGCCAGGUGGCUGGGGCCUCCUUUUAUGGCCAGGCCCGAGCAGGCGACCUGGGGAGCAGCCCGCCGUUCCUCGGCUUCAACAACACGCACCACAAGGCGGCGCUGGACUUUGUCUUGGAGCUGGCAGGGCCGCGCUGUUUGACACCGGUGGCCACCAAAGUGCUCAACUCCGACCCCUUUGUGAACCUUGACGAGCUGCCCCUGGGCGCAUUUGCUGUGGACCGCGAGCUGGCGCUGACCUUGUGGAACAGGAAGCUGGGGGACCUGACCGGCUGGACCGAGGCCGAUGUUUGCCGCCUGGCUGCCCCUUUCCCGGGGGUGCUGCUGGAGCCGGCGGCCAGCACGCAGGCGCCAAGGACCUGCGCAGAGCUGCUGCGGGGCGCUAUCAACGGGAAGGACACGAGCGGGGCCGAGUUCCACCUGGCGCUCCGAGGUCGCCGCCGCCAGAAGGUGCUCCUGAGUGCCAGCUUGCGCACGGACGUGGCGGGUGCGGUCAGUGGGGCCCUUUGCGUUGUCUGCCCCAUUGGGCCGCCUGUUGCCGUGCGUGAUGCGCCCCCCUUGCCUGGCCUGGAGGACGACCUCGACGCGCCCGCUGCCCCCCCGCGGCCGCUGGCUGCGGUGCACCCUGCCAGCGUGGGCGGCGCGAGCUCCCUCACGCUGGACAGCGCCACCGAGUGCGGCACCCCGACUGUGAAGCGGUGGGAGGGCGACGCAUGCUUUGCGCUGGAGCGCACGCAGAGCAGCCCCGUGAGCCUCAUCAGCUCGCGCGCCUCGUUUGGCAGCCUGGACGGCGCGUCCAGCCUGGACCUGGAGGACGGCCGCGAGGGCCGGCUGCGCGCACUCGUGGUGGACGAGGUGGCCGCGCACCGCGAGGUGCUCACAGCACUGCUCGAGCGGUGCGGGUUUGAGGUUGCCUGCGCCAGCAGUGCGAAGCAGGCGGCGUGGCGCUUUGAGGCGGCUCUCAGCGAGAAGCGUGGCUUCAGGGUGCUCUUCUAUGAGCUCAUGAUGGCCGCAGAGGACAGGUACGAGAGUGUCCGGCAGCUCCGGCGUGCGGAGGAGGCGGCGGGGGAGGCGGGCGCGUGCGCGUUGAUCGUGGGCGUGACGAGCAUGAACCGGUGGGACCUGGCGGGCAUGGACGCGUGCAUGGAGCGGGGCCUGGCCGCGGGCAUGGACGCCUUCAUCGCGCGCGAGCUGCGCAUGCAGCACCUGCGCGACACGCUGCGCAAGCUGGGCCUGCAGAGCAAGCUACUGGAGACGGGGGGGUCGCUGCCGCGCGCGCUCUCGGGCACGUUCCACAACCCGCUCAACCUGAGCCGAUAAGUAGAGCUGCGGCGGAGAAAGGAGCGGAGCGUGAUGGAGGAGCACGGGCGGCGUUGGGCCAGUCCGUAACAUAACAAAGCUUCCCCGCGAAGAGUCAAGGCAAUACCACGAUAUCAGCUACUUCCGUUGGGGGAAGCUUUAGCACAGGGAUAGAAAUAGUGCGCAGGAUGUGGAGCCAGCUUCAGUGUCGCCCUUGAUACCUGUUAUUGAUGAGGCGUAGACUGCAUGCGUCAAAAUCGAUAGUGUUUGGAUUGCACAUAGGUUUUGCACCUGUACAGAUAGAUGUGCUCAGAUUGGAAAGGCCCCGGAAUACAGGGUCUGAGCAUGCAAAAACCACUACACAGCCAUAGAACUGUUACUUAGCGGUCGAGCUUGUGUUGUCUAGCCGGAGCCACUGCUUAUAUUCAGCAGAUUGGAGUGAUUGAUGUUUCACUUUAAGACAGCAUGGGUGGUUGUAAUGUUCCAUUAGUAAGUCUAGCAUGUUCACGUUUUAUGAUUCACGGGGGUAUCCUGACUGACAUAACCCAAAGGUUAAAGCAGAACUGCUAUGUACGUG